AUGGAGCGCUCUCUUGGAGACGACUCCAGCCCUAGCCCCGUGGACCAGACCUCUACUCCCUCCGACCCCCCUGACCUGUCCCCCACUGCAAACACAAAGCCGGAGCAGAGUUCUGGGAACCAACCUGCCGGCCCAGGCGCGGCGGGUGAGGCCCUGGCGGUGCUGACUUCGUUUGGGCGGAGGUUGCUGGUGCUGGUGCCGGUGUACCUGGCCGGCGCAAUGGGACUCAGCGUGGGUUUCGUGCUCCUCGGCCUCGCCCUCUACCUGGGCUGGCGCCGGGUCCGCGAGGAGAAAGAACGGAGCCUUCGAGUAGCGCGGCAGCUGCUGGACGAUGAGGAGCGGCUCACGGCAAAAACUCUUUACAUGAGCCAUCGAGAGCUACCUGCCUGGGUCAGCUUCCCAGAUGUGGAAAAGGCUGAGUGGCUAAACAAGAUUGUGGCCCAGGUCUGGCCCUUCCUGGGCCAGUAUAUGGAGAAACUUUUGGCUGAAACUGUGGCCCCAGCUGUUCGAGGAUCUAACCCUCACCUGCAGACAUUUACAUUCACACGAGUGGAACUGGGUGAAAAACCACUGCGCAUCCUAGGAGUCAAGGUUCACUCUGGUCAGAGAAAAGAGCAGAUCCUGAUGGACUUGAACAUCAGCUAUGUAGGUGAUGUACAGAUUGAUGUGGAAGUGAAGAAAUAUUUCUGCAAAGCAGGAGUCAAGGGCAUGCAGCUACAUGGUGUCUUGCGGGUGAUUCUUGAGCCACUUAUUGGGGACCUUCCUAUCGUGGGGGCUGUGUCGAUGUUCUUUAUCCGACGCCCGACCUUAGAUAUCAACUGGACAGGGAUGACCAACCUGCUGGAUAUCCCAGGACUCAGCUCCCUCUCUGACAACAUGAUCAUGGAUUCCAUCGCUGCCUUCCUUGUGUUGCCCAAUCGAUUACUGGUGCCCCUUGUGCCUGACCUUCAGGAUGUAGCCCAGUUGCGUUCCCCUCUUCCCAGGGGCAUUAUUCGGAUUCACCUGCUGGCUGCACGAGGGCUGAGCUCUAAGGACAAAUAUGUAAAGGGCCUGAUUGAGGGCAAGUCGGACCCGUACGCACUUGUGCGAGUGGGCACCCAGGCAUUCUGCAGUCGUGUCAUCAAUGAGGAACUUAACCCCCAGUGGGGAGAGACUUACGAGGUGAUGGUACAUGAGGUCCCAGGACAGGAGAUUGAGGUGGAGGUGUUUGACAAGGAUCCAGACAAAGAUGACUUUCUGGGCAGAAUGAAGCUGGAUGUGGGGAAGGUAUUGCAGGCUGGAGUAAUGGAUGAAUGGUUCCCUCUACAAGGUGGGCAAGGCCAAGUUCACUUAAGGCUAGAAUGGCUUUCACUCUUGCCAGAUGCAGAAAAACUGGAGCAGGUUCUGCAGUGGAACCGCGGAGUCUCCUCCCGACCAGAGCCCCCAUCAGCUGCCAUCUUAGUUGUCUAUCUGGAUCGGGCCCAGGAUCUUCCUCUGAAAAGGGGGAACAAGGAGCCCAACCCCAUGGUACAGCUGUCAAUUCAGGAUGUGACCCAGGAGAGCAAGUCUGUCUAUAGCACCAACUCUCCAGUGUGGGAGGAAGCCUUCCGAUUCUUCCUGCAAGACCCUCAAAGCCAGGAGCUCGAUGUGCAGGUGAAGGAUGACUCCAGGGCCCUGACUUUAGGGGCACUGACCCUGCCUCUGCCUCGUCUGCUGACUGCUCCUGAGCUCACUCUGGACCAGUGGUUCCAGCUCAGCAGCUCUGGCCCAAACUCCCGGCUCUACAUGAAACUGGUGAUGAGGCUCCUGUACUUGGAUCCAUCCGAAGUGCGCUUCCCUGCUGUGCCUGGUACUCCGGGGGCUUGGGACCUGGACAGUGAGGACCCCGAGACAGGCAGCAGUGUGGAUGCCCCACCUCGACCCUAUCAAACUACUCCUGACAGUAAUUUUGGGACAGAGAAUGUGCUUCGGAUCCAUGUAUUAGAGGCCCAGGACCUGAUUGCCAAAGACCGUUUCUUGGGAGGAUUGGUGAAGGGCAAGUCAGACCCUUAUGUCAAACUAAAGCUGGCAGGACGAAGCUUCCGGAGCCGUGUUGUUCGGGAAGAUCUCAACCCCCACUGGAAUGAGGUCUUUGAGGUGAUCGUCACAUCAAUUCCAGGCCAAGAGCUAGAGGUUGAGGUUUUCGAUAAGGACCUGGACAAGGAUGACUUUCUGGGCAGGUGUAAAGUGAGUCUCACCACAGUCCUAAACAGUGGCUUCCUUGAUGAAUGGCUGACCUUGGAGGAUGUCCCAUCUGGCCGCCUACAUUUGCGUCUGGAGCGUCUGACCCCUCGUCCCACUGCUGCUGAGUUAGAGGAGGUGCUGCAGGUGAACAGUUUGAUCCAGACUCAGAAGAGUGCAGAACUGGCAGCAGCCCUGCUGUCCGUCUACCUGGAGCGGGCUGAGGACCUGCCGCUCCGGAAAGGUACCAAGCCUCCCAGCCCUUAUGCUACUCUUGCUGUAGGAGAUACUUCCCAUAAAACUAAGACUGUUUCCCAAACAUCAGCCCCUAUCUGGGAUGAAAGUGCCUCCUUUCUCAUCAGGAAACCAAACACUGAGAGCCUGGAGUUGCAGGUUCGGGGUGAGGGGACUGGCACACUGGGUUCGUUAUCCCUGCCCCUCUCCGAGCUCCUCGUGGCUGACCGGCUCUGCCUGGACCGCUGGUUUACACUCAGCAAUGGUCAAGGGCAAGUGCUACUGAGAGCACAGCUGGGGAUCCUGGUGUCCCAGCACUCGGGGGUGGAAGCUCACAGCCACAGCUACAGCCACAGCUCCUCCUCUCUGAGUGAAGAACUAGAGCUCUGGAAGGGACUCCCACACAUUACCUCCUCAGCCCCAGAGCUCCGGCAACGCCUAACGCACGGUGACAGUCCCCAUGAGGCUCCAGCCGGGCCUCUGGGCCAGGUGAGACUGACGGUUUGGUACUACAGUGAAGAACGAAAGCUGGUCAGCAUCGUUCACGGGUGCCGGGCCCUUCGACAAAAUGGGCGGGACCCUCCUGACCCCUAUGUGUCACUGUUGCUACUGCCAGACAAGAACCGGGGCACCAAGAGGAAGACUUCACAGAAGAAGAGGACCCUAAAUCCUGAAUUCAAUGAGCGGUUUGAGUGGGAGCUGUCCCUGGAUGAGGCUCUCCGGCGAAAGCUAGAUGUCUCUGUGAAGUCUAGUUCCUCCUUCAUGUCACGAGAACGUGAGCUGCUGGGGAAGGUGCAGUUGGACCUUGCUGAGAUAGACCUCUCCCAGGGUGCAGCCCAGUGGUAUGACCUCAUGGAUGACAAGGGCAGCUCCUAGGAUCCGGGGAUUCCCAGCCUGACUGCUGUCUCCUUGCCUCGUCUCUUGCUGCAUCACCACCUCAAUGUGAUGAGCCUAAAGCCUGGGGCCAGCGGACAGAGCCUGCGCCUCCCAGCCCUCUCACCUCCAGGCCCAUGCUAGGGCCUUUGCCUGACCAAAGAGGACCGUACGUUACCCUUUGCUGCACGGCCUUUAUCCUUCUGGGGUCCUAGGACAGGGACCUGAGCUGGCUGUCUCCUGCUCUGCCUGCACAUCCUUCUCCUUUUCUCCCAGCUCCUCAGGGCCUUGUGUCUGUGCCUGGCCACUGGCAGCACUAGCAGUGGCAUUAGCUUAUGCCAAAUAUAGCUUUUGGAAAGUUCUUUUUUCUUAAAUUGGACAGUCACCUUCUUCCCUACCAUAAGCAGUCAGGGAGGGUGGAAAGGCAAACCACUCAAGCUGAGAGCCUCUUGGAUUACUGUAUGUGGCAAAUGUACAGCAACCUAGACCCUGUGUCCAGUUCUGUACCUACUUUCCUCAAGCCUGUCCUGAAAAUUACACCUGCUAUGUUGACUGGGGCCAGCCAGUCUCUUGAUUCACUCUGGGAAUUGGGAACACCUGGAUUCCAUCCAAGCCUUCAGGUAGCCAGUAUCAGUCUUGGCGCCUCUAGCUGCUGCUGUGCAGAGGGCUUUGGAGGACUCAGGACAGCAGGGCCAAUUUUUAUCCAGGUGCCUAGGCUAUUAACUCACUGACUAGAACUGAAUCUCUUAGCUUUGUACCAACUCUGCCAAUCCACUGUUAUCUUACAUUAAACGUUAUACUCAAAUCA